AUGGCAGGGGCCGAGGACAGCACCCUAUUUUGGGUUAUUGUGCUUAUCAUAUCCCUUGCAUUUGAGCUCUCUAUUGCCAUUGCUAUCACGGUACCUGUAGUCAAUGUGCUCACACGGUACCGCGUGAACUAUUUGCCACGAGCGGUCUCGUUGGAUCGUGUCUUGGAGGACGGCCGCACGCCGAUUUCAACAUACCAAUUGUUCUGGCAAAGCCUGUCGCCUUGGAAUAAAAGUGAUUCAACAAAAAUUGGGCCGGAUGUACGUGGAUUUUGGGGUAUGGCACGCCGUAUCAUUCGUAUGGAAGGUACGCGCGGUCUGUACAAGGGUGCUUCCAUCAUGUUCGUACAGUGUUGCUUCUCUUUGCUCUUUGGGUUUCUCACACUCGAUCCAAAAGCCUUGUCCCGAGGCAGGCCAAGCUCUCGAUUCCGCGAUGAGCCUAUGUUGGCAUAUACCGUCUCGUUUGCCACCAUGCUUCUUCUCCUGCCCUUCGAGAUCCUGACGCGUCGUACUAUGGUGGCGCCGGGCACAGUGAAUUGGAUGAACCCGCGAACCGCUUUUCGCCAGGUCCUUUCCUCUGCCGAGCUCCAGCAGCCAUGGCGCCUAUACCUGAUCCCUGGCUUGGUCCCUCUGCAGCUUCUUCGUCAAUUCCUUGCCACAAUUGUCACGCGCAACGUCCGCAACUGGACUGUACCAGGCCUCAGUGGACUUCCCGACCUGGUGCCUUCUGACCCCGAUAAGGAUGUGUACAAUGGCCCUACUUCGGCCUUGCUUAAGUUCAGCCUUACAGGGUUUGUAUUCUUUGUCGUUUGGGUCGUGCUUAUGCUGGCGCUCUUUGUCCCUUUCGACUGCGUCUUGAUGCGCCUUAUGACACAGUACGAACGAAGUUCGCCAAUUCCAGUAUCUCAAGAUCCUGCUCCGUACAACCACCACGAAACUAUGGCAAACGAAGAUGUGGAAGAAGACGCUCCAUUGUAUGCAGCCGAUAUGGGUGUGGAACCGGUCAUUGCUUUACGUCCCUGUUAUCCAUCCGAUGAGGCAUCAGCCACAUACUUUGGUACAGUACCUGUGGAGCCGUAUCGUGGCAUCAUGGACUGCAUCCAUAAGAUGACGGCUGAAGAGGGGGCAGAGAGUUUGCUGCGCGGCUCGUUCUGUACUAUCGCCGGCUACCUUAUGCUCAUCAUAUUUGUGUAA